ACUCUGUAAAGCCUCUUUCACUAGGUAAAAUCUUGGAACUGCCCAGUCCACUGGUAUAAAUGGCUUCGGACUUGAAACCAAAAGAUUGUCGGAAUUUCCCCCAAGAAAACUUCAACUAUUUGCUCUAGGUCCUGCUUUAGAGAAUGCAAAAACAACUAUGAUGUUUCAGAUGUCUUUUUCAAAGGCUUUCCAAAUACUAAAUAUAGGAAUUCAAUUUUUUAAAAAAAAAAAAUCAAAAUAUUAAUCAACAUAUAAUUGAUGUAAAGGAUAUUAUGAAUAUGAAUGGUGAACCGAACCUGACAUGCUCCAUAUCACAAUAAUAAUCUGUUAAACUAUCAGUUAUGUCCAAAUUAGUCAUGGGGAUUUUUGAGAAAAAGGUACGUACAAAGGAGGAAAGUUCAUUUAAGAUGUAGCUCUGAAGUUUUUCAUUCCAAGAUGAAAACGAAGACUUUGAUGUAUGAUACAAAACCUAAAUACGGAGAAAGCAUAAAACAUCAGCAUGAGAGAGUAACAAAGAUGCCAAAGUUCUCGGUCUGGUGAUGUAUGGUACCUGACUUUCAACACUUAUAUUAGCUAUAGGUGCUAAAGCCUUAGUCACCGGAGCCAGGGGAUCAGACCCUACAGUGAAUCAGUAAGCAAGGCUCCAUCUCGCCCCAUCAACGGUCAACGUGAAUCUCCCUCCCUAAGCUCCUCCAAGAUACUACAACAUACUACUCAUCUAAUGUGAUUAGUAUAUAUUGAAUAUAUUAUUACAAAUUAAAAUGAUUACUUUGGUGUAUCAUUAGAGUUACGUUAAUCUGAAUAGACGAAUAUUUCUAGACUUUUAUCUAUUGUUGUAAAUCAAGGCUCAGAAUGUGUAAUGAGACCGCACCAUCUCAACCUCUAAUGCUAUAAAACACAAGUGGAUAGAUAUGAUAGACUGAUUGAUAAAGUCAAAACAUAUUAAAUUCGGUACUAUAUAUACAAGUUGGGUUCAUAAGUAACAGUCGUUUAAGUCGUCGUCAACUUGGAGAGACAACUUUCUCUUAUUAUACACCCACGGUUGAGUAUAUAAUAUGUCCUAUGGUAGUUAAAUUAGAUAUUCGUAUAACCAAAUAAUCCAGCUAACCAUAGAGACGUCAAAGUUAACUGCGAUACAACUUUAAGUCACAACAUGCUAAAUAUUUUUAUUUUAUAAUUAGUUUAUUUAGCGAAAGAGAAAAUUUGAUAACUAAUUGGUUAAGCCGUGUGUUAAUGCGUAUGGUUUUGAACUUUUGAUUGAAGAAGUCGUUGUAGACCGUGAGAGAAGAAACGGAGACAUUCAAACUUUAUAACAAGACACUAUAUAUUAUACGAAUCGUCAACGCUUUUAUAUAUAUCUUCUCUCUUUCAUCAUUCCAUACAUAGCCCAUUGAAGCCUUUCUUCAUUCCUCUCAAGAUCAAGAAAUAUGGCAAACCGUGCGCAUGUUCCAAAGUUUGGGGACUGGAACAACCAAUCUCAACCAUUCACAGCCGUCUUCGACAACGCUAGGACGAACAAACGAGCUGACUUGUACGACUCUCUGGAGAACUCUGACAUCAAAACUCAAGCAAAGCCUCCUCCACAACAACCUACUCCUAUAAUUCCAAAACCGGCUAGAGCGCCACCACCAACCGAGACAAACAAAGUCAGAGCUCCUCCUGCCGAUCAGCUCUACGGAGCUAGAGGCGGACUAUACGGAGGUUAUGGAGGUGGAGGCGGAUCCGGAAACCAACGGCAGCCGCAGGUUCCUCCUCGUCCACCACAGACACAGCCUAAACCCAAUAGAGGCGGCAACAACGGAAGGGGAGGGACGACGAUUCCACCAUUUCCAGGAUCAGUGGGAUCAGGGGAUCAGAACAUGAGUUACACACACAUUUUCGACCAAGUCAAAGAAGAGAGGCGAGAUGCCAGAUCCAACGGUGGAUCAGUAGGUAACACUCCAUCUCGCCUUAUCAACGAUGAUCAACGGUCACGUGAUCAAUCUACUGCUCCAGGCUCCUUCAAGUUCUGUUGCUUUACAUGGGGCCGAAAGGGAAGCAGCUAUUGAAGACAGUGAACGUACAUAUUGUAUCAACUCACGGCAUUUUCCCUAUUUUUCAUUUUCUUGUGUGUUCUUUUAUGGGUUCUUUCUAUUUGUAACAAGGAGAGUGAUUUAUGUUGUCAACAACGUUGGAGCAAUCACUAUAUAUAAUGCAUAACUAUUUAAAUUUAUUUCUCAAAUUAAAAUGGUAGCUAGCUAGUGUGAUUGUGUUUGUGUAGUUUGUGUUUGAUUAUCGACUCUCACAAAAACAUUUGCCUAUGAAAAGAAAUGUGCAGCCGAGCUUCACUAUAUAUAAUGCAUGGUAAAGAAACGUUUUAUUUUCAAAAAUUGAUGAACAGAAACACAGUAUUUAGAUAUUUCUUCAUAAUAUGCAUAUGCAAACAUUUUAUUUACUAGGGGUUUAUACGCAUUGCACAAGGAAAAGGCUUUUUAUCAAUAAAAUUCUUCAGUAAAAGCCCAACGGGCCUGGUCAUAAAUGUGGGUAUCUAGUAAACUAAGUUUGAGUCGUAGUUAAAGAUUCAUUCAGUACCAACAAAUUAAAAGAAGAGUCAAACUGAAACAAUAACAGUACAAGUGUUGCAUGUAAAAAUCAAAGAGCAAAACUAAAGUACAAACCUUUUUUUUCUUCUUUUGGUUUUAAAAUCGAGAACGCGACCAAUACAAAAAGGCUGUACUGUUAUCAUUCAUAUCUCAUAUCCAAAACCACUGAUUCAGUGUGAUCCCUUUCGUUUCUCUCUACACACUUCAUCGUCUCGAGAUUAAAGCUGAGAGAACGGGGUCAGGACUCGAAUUAAGGUGGUUAUGAGUUCACGGAGUGAGAGGGUAGUUACCAGAAGCUCAAGGAGGUCAAACAAUGUGAAUGGGACACAACAAAGUGAACAACCAAGAGCUGGACAACAACCUCCGAUUGUGUCUGGUCCACCGACAAUCGAUGUUGAUGCUAUUGAGGAUGAUGAUGAUGUUGUUGAAUCAACUGCUUCUGCUUUUGAUCGAGCUAAAAGACACAAGUCCGGAGGCUCACAGAGAGGACCCUUAGUAGUUGAUGUAGAGUCAGGUGGUACCACUAGACUAAGCAAGAACCGCACAAAGCGUCAAUCUGAUCAAGCUAAUGUUGACCAUAACAAUCCGAGGAAGUCCAAGACCGUAGCUCCUCCUGUAGAGGAACCAAAGUUCAACUGCCCAAUUUGCAUGUGUCCAUUCACUGAGGAAGUCUCAACAAAGUGUGGUCAUAUCUUCUGCAAAAAAUGCAUAAAGCUCGCGGUGUCUGUUCAAGCUAAAUGCCCUACGUGUAGAAAAAGGGUCAUUGCUAAAGACCUCAUCCGAGUCUUCCUUCCUACCACCAGAUGAGUGAUCCACAGAAACAUCACUAGGUUUAAAAUGGUCUAUCGGCUCCUACCCUUGAGAAGAUUGGUGUGGGAACAGUGAAGAACAUGUUUGUUCAUGAGUUAUCCUUUUGUAAUGUGAAUAUCUUUCUGCUUAGAGAGAGAAACGUUUAGGAACCAAUGAAGACAUCUUUAGAUGUAUAUAUCAUCAGUAUCUUGUUAAUCUGAGCGACUCUUUAUUGUUGAGAUACAUGGUUGAAUCUUAAGAAAGCAUUCUACAUCA